AUGUCUCGCACAGGAAGCGGUAAAACAGCAGCUUUUAUUAUUCCAAUGUUGCAACGGCUAAAGCGGCGAGACACUAAGGGUAUCCGCGCUCUUUUGGUGUCACCGACAAGAGAGCUAGCGCUGCAAACAUUCAAGGUGGUAAAAGAGCUUGGGCGAUUUACUGGCUUGCGAUGUGCAAUUCUGGUUGGAGGAGAUGCUAUAGAGGAUCAGUUUUCCACAAUCCAUGAAAAUCCUGAUAUAUUAAUUGCCACACCUGGGCGUUUGCUGCAUGUCGUUGUAGAAAUGGACUUACGACUUAGCUUUGUCCAAUACGUUGUUUUUGAUGAAGCCGAUCGUCUUUUUGAAAUGGGUUUUCAGGACCAGCUCACCGAAACCCUUAAAAGAAUUCCUGAGAGUAGGCAAACGCUAUUAUUUUCUGCAACUCUUCCCAAGAUGUUGGUCGACUUUGCGAAGGCUGGACUCUCCGAUCCGAUGCUGAUUCGUCUCGAUGUUGAUGAAAAGAUUUCGGACCGUUUAUCUAUGGUUUUCGCCACAUGUAGGGCUGAUGAAAAGCUUGCUGUUUUGCUUCAUUUAUGUCGACAAAUGAAUUCUGAAGGGAAGCAGACAGUGGUGUUCUGCGCCACAAUGAAACAUGUUGAGUACGUUGUGGGAAUAAUAAAUCGUGCUGGAAUUGACAAUUCUUUUAUCUACAGUCAGCUUGAUGCUACUGCCAGAAAACUCAACAUCCAGAGAUUCACUGAAAGAAAAAACAAUAUCCUUAUUGUCACUGAUGUAGCAGCUCGUGGUGUGGAUAUCCCGUUACUAGACACGGUGAUAAAUCUCCAUUUUCCACCCAAAGCCAAAUUGUUUGUUCAUCGUGUUGGACGUGUAGCUCGUGCUGGGCGUAGCGGUACUGCGAUAUCGUUGAUUGCCCCAGACGAAAUGCCUUAUCUCGCUGAUCUGUUCUUAUUUCUGGGGAAACCUAUGCGAUUUGCUCAUGACGAUGAUAAGUACGAUGAAGAGACCACACUCAUUGGCAGAGUUCCAGAAGAUGUUGUUAGCCUGGAGUCUGAGUUUUUCAAUGCCAUUCAUGACAAUAACGAAGAAAUG